AGCUGCUCGGUCCCUCCCCUUCCCGGCUCUAUAGAUGCUGCCGGGAGGCGGGGGGCGGCGGUACUCGGGCGUCCCCCCUUCCUUCGCUGCGGUGAUGCUGCUGCUGCUGCUGGGCGCGGGGGCCGCGCUGUUCUGCCUGCUGGACGCCUGGUUCCUGCUGCGCCUGCCGCUGGCCUUGCUGCACGCCCUGUGGCUGCAGCCCCGGCUGCGGGACGUGCUGCAGGAGCAGAGCUGGCCGGGCCUGGUGCUGCCCUCGGACCUGGACUGGCUGCUGCACAUGAACAACGCCCGCUACCUGCGCGAGGCCGACCUGGCGCGCAGCGCCUACCUGGCGCGCUGCGGCAUCUUGGACGCCCUGCGCGCCCUGGGGGGCAGCGUGGUGCUGGCCGCCUCCUGCGCCCGCCACCGCCGCUCGCUGCGCCUCUUCGAGCGCUUCGCCGUGCGCACCCGCCUGCUGGGCUGGGACGGCCGCGCCUUCUACCUGGAGCAGCGGUUCGUGAGCCCCCGCCACGGCUUCGUCUGCGCCCUGCUGCUCUGCCGCCUGCACGUGGUGGGCAGCAGCCCCGGGCGCCUGGUGCAGCACCUGUACCAGAGACAGGUGAACUCCCCCGAACUUCCAGAGGAGGUGCAGCAUUGGAUCAGCUACAACGAAGCCAGCAGCCAGAAGCUAAGAGCUGAAAGCGGCCUGGGAAUCAAUACCAAGGAUGAGUAACCAGAUGUUGUUUUCCCCUGCCUGUCUUUCUCCAGACUGUAAAAGCAGCAAAGAGUCCUGUGGCACCUUAUAGACUAACAGACGUUUUGGAGCAUGAGCUUUUG